GAGAAAUAAACAGCCAGUGUCUGCUCCGUAUAACUUUUGGACAAUAGGAGAAAAUAAAAGGGAUAAAAAUGAAGAUACACAAGAUUCGGGCGUAAGAGUGCAGAGUGCCGAUGCAAAGGUAACAACUGUGGACAGAAUUGUUUACUUCAUAGUUGAGACUGGCGAGUGGCGAGUGGGACGUGGUGGUGUCAUAUCAGUACUGGUGAAGAUGAAGACCGUCACUUGCACCGCGCCCGUAAACAUUGCAGUCAUCAAAUACUGGGGUAAGCGAGAUGAGAAACUCAUUUUGCCAUUGAAUGAUUCUAUCAGCUUCACUCUCAGCCAGGAUGAAAUGUGUGCCAAGACAACUGUCUCCAUCUCCCCUACAUUCACAGAGGAUAAGUUUUGGCUGAAUGGCAAGAAGGAGUCACUUGAAAAUCCAAGGGUACAAAAUUGCUUGAAAGAAAUCAGGAGGCGAGCAUCAAAGAGGAAAUUUGAAGGAUCAGAUGAAAAUGUAUGGAGCUGGCACGUCCACAUCUGCUCCGAGAACAACUUCCCUACAGCUGCUGGCCUCGCCUCCUCAGCAGCUGGUUAUGCCUGCCUUGUGUAUGCCCUGGGCCAAGUGUAUGGUGUAGAGGGGGAUUUGUCAUCUGUAGCACGCCAGGGUUCAGGAAGUGCCUGCCGCAGCAUUCAUGGGGGACUGGUACGGUGGUACAAGGGAGAGGCUGAUGAUGGCUCAGAUUCGGUGGCCCGCCCCAUUGCACCACCGGACCAUUUCCCAAACUUGCGGGUCAUCAUAUGUGUGGUAAAUGCAGGCCAGAAGAAGACAGGAAGCACUGUGGGCAUGAAGCAGACAGUGGCCACAUCCAGCUUAAUGCAACACCGCAUCAGUGUGUCUGUCACAUCACGAAUAGAAUCCAUGAUGAAGGCAAUUAAAGAAAAAGACUGGCCAACUUUCUGUGAUCUUACAAUAGCAGACAGCAAUGAAAUGCAUGCUGUGUGCUUGGACACCUUCCCUCCCUGUGUGUACAUGACUGAUACCUCACAUGCUGUGGCCAGCCUUCUUCAUAAAUACAAUGAUCUAAAGACCAUUGAAAGUAAUAUUAACCAUAAGGUUUGUUAUACCUUUGAUGCUGGCCCAAAUGCCUGCAUCUUUGUCCCAGAGGCUGUAGCUGAAGAGGUGCUGGCUCUGCUGUUGCAGGCUUUCCCUCCACCUCCAGCACAGGCCACAGAUGAUUAUGUCAAGGGCAUUCCCAGUCAGCCUGCCACACUCUCAAAGGAGUUGACAAGUUUAGCAGAGGAUUGUGUACAAAGUGGGAAACUUCAAUAUUUGAUCCACACUAAGGUGGGUGAUGGGCCAAGGGUCUUGGUGGAUCCAGCCUCCAGCUUGCUGGACAGCAUUACAGGCUUACCAAAUUCAACAGACAAUAAUAUAUAGGGAAGGAGAAACAUGGGUGAGGUGUGGAGUGACACUAGAAAAAUUGUACAUGAAUGUAUACAAAGAUGCAGCACAAUCCCAUCAUUGUUUAAAUAUUUCUUCUGCAAGAAAUAAGUUAUUCCUCCAUGGCAGCUAGAAUGGUUUGUAAACUCAAAUUUUAUUACAGAAAGCAUCAUUUAAAUAUUGGAAAUAUUAAGUGUGGAAUGGUUUAAAUCUGGGUGUAACUGAAAUGUUGAAGUUGCCUCAGGCUAUCCAGAUCGACCAGACAGUCUUUUGCAGGAUUGAAGCCUUGUACAGAUACAUGCAUAUAAUCCUGUUGUAAGAGCUUAGGGGAGGAUGCCUUUUCAGAGUAGUCAUCUGCAAUCAUAUUCCUGUCACUGCCAGCCCUACUUUAUAGGGGUGUAGGUUCUGUAUUAUACACUUUCAGAUAUACACAAUAUAUGUGCCCAGAAAUAUGUACAAAAGGUAAUCCUUUGUGCCUUUAGUGUGGCUGUUAUUCCAGGCCACUGAAAACCCAUCUCAAGAAGCAAUUUUGAGGGUUUGGUGAGUUGGUGAGUAAUAUGAUUGAGGGUUCAUGUUGUACAAUCUUAAAAGAAUUUUGCCUUUCCUUUCUUUAUGAUGAGGAUGAGUACUCAUAUAUUUGAGUUUAAAUGAAGUCUGUACGUAUAUAUAUAUAUAUAUAUAUAUAUAUAUAUAUAUAUAUAUAUAUAUAUAUAUAUAUAUAUAUAUAUAUAUAUAUAUAUAUAUAUAUAUAUAUAUGUAUGUAUAUAAAAGUCAGUAUAGUAUUACUGAAUAAAGCUACCAAGAUCAUCAUCAUCAUCAUCAUCAUUGUUAUUGUAAUUGUCAUUGCCAUCAUCAUCAUUAGUAACAAUAUUGUACAUUCCACACAAUGGAUGCUGCUAUUUUAGGAACAUUUUAAUAGCAAAUCAGAAUUCAUGCAAGCACAGCCUAGCACCCUAUGAGCAAAGAUUUUGCCAAGAAAGUGAUACUUUAGGAAAUAACUUUGACCUCUGCCAGAGACUUGUAUGCUGUACAUGUUAAAAUAUUGCAUAAUUUAGGACUGCUUACUGUAAAAGUAAUACAUACAUUUAUUAAUGUAUGUAGUAUAUUUGUAUCCAUUUUGGAGAUUUAAUUCAAAAGUAUCCAUAUAUUAUUCUGUUCUGAGCAAAUGGUCUUGAAAAGACUGAUUCCUAAGAAAGUGUAUAUUUAAAGAAUUUAUGAGUAUCUUUCUUCACGACAGUCUUGUUCUGUGUAGAUACAAGAAAGUAUCUAUUUUACUGAAGUUUGGACACCAUCCCCUUCAAAAGAGUCCCUUUGAGCAGUGAUACAGCACUGCCAAUGCCAUUGCCAUUGCUGAAAUGCAUUCUGGAAGUCUUAUUCUCAAAGCAUGUCAAGCACUUUCUGUAGUUCAUGCUGAAUCUCCUCUGUGGUGUGCAGCUUCAUCUUUGAGAAGGACAAGUCACAAAGGAUCACCCCUGGUGUUUAGGGCAGAUUCGGAAAUAUGAUCAUUUUGUUGCUGAGAAACCUGCAUGCAACCAGACCUUGAUAAGAGGAUGCAUUGUUGUCGUGGAUCAUCCAGUUGGCUCUGCUUUACGUUUCAGAUGAAAGACAAUCAAAUCAGAUGUGAGGAUUGCCUUCACUGUUAUGUAUGACACACUAACAGUGACACCAAUGUCACUGAUCUCUAAUGAUCUUUGUGCACAAGUCACUCAAUUGUUUCAAAAUGUUUAGGGGUUGAGUUUAUGGGAGGUCAUCCUGAUCUCUUCUUAUCAUACUGGCUACUUCAAACGGUUUCAUUGCUGUGCACAUCCUGAAUCAUUAUCAAAGGUUUCUGUUGCUGAUUUACCAAUUUUGAUCAACAGUUUGAUUGACACUGCUGUAGUUUACUGUCUAUGAUGAUAUUCAAGAACUGUACAUGUGGUCAUGAAAAUUUGUGUAGCACAGGUCACAAAGUUGCAGAGCAAUACCAGUCAGAAGACUGCUUGAUGACUGUUACUGCUCAGUCCAACAGCAUGCACAUUACUGUACUGCCAUCUGUUGGUGUGCAGUGGAAUGUCUCAAACUUUUUUUUAUAUUGCCUCAUAUGGCUACAAAGUCAUCACACAACAAUGAAAACUUUCUCCAAGCAUAAAACACCUCAGAUACAACAACCACAGUCUUAUGAAUAUAUUACUUUACUUUAUUGUAUAAAUUCACAUGAACACAUAUUCAAGUGAAUCUUCAGAAAUCUGUGAAGUGUGUGUGAUGUUGCUACAGAAAGAAUUAAGUUUAAAUAUGUAUUUCAAGUAACUGAAUUGUGCCUCAGUAGGCUAUUCUUUGUUGUUGUUCAUGAAGGGAAAUGGGCUAUAGAGAUAUAAAUGUCACAUUUAUAUCAUUAAAGCAACAGUGUGUCACAAAAUUUUGUAUUUUGUUGCUACUUAUUUAGAAUAUAGGAUUUUCUUUGAAAGAGCAAAACAUUUAUAAAUAGAUUAGAAACUAGACAUAGGCCCGUAGCUACUUAAAGGGGCAUUUUUCCUGAUCUUUAUUCAUGUCCUGCAUGUGAUAGUGGUGAAGGCUUCAUAUCUCCUGAUCUCAUUCCAGAUACUAAUGGUAUCUGUAAAUUGUUUGGGCUUCCUAAUCUCAGUCUAGCAAAUAGAUUGUGAAAUGUUUAUGCUUCCAGGUAGUACAAUGUAGUUGAUAUAUACAUGCUAUUAUACAAACUUGUCCUUUAUGGUUAAUAUAAGUUAGUAUCCAACAGACAAGCAGAAGAAUGAGAUCAUUAAAUGAUGUCGAUAAAUAAAAUUUCUCUGCAUAUUUUUUGUUGCAUGAAAGUUAGGUGUGCAGAUAACAGGUGGGCAUGUAAUCUUAGUCCAUGUACCUUUGGAACAAUUAAGAUAUGAACUUAUACAGUAGCAUUAUAUUUAUUGUUACAUAUCAGAUUAUAGAUGUAUUGUUUUGUAAUUUUAAUUUGUUGACAAAAUUAUAUUUUUGUAGAAUUUUAGAUUUUGUUGUAAUCAUAUUUGUAACAGCUUUUGUUCUUUAAUUUCCAUUAAAUUAUUUUAUCCUUGAUGAAUUAAAUAUUGAUUUUGUAUUUUCUGUUUAUUUAUUUUUUAAUUGAUUAACUUUAGUUCUGUUUUAUAUAUUUGCUUACAUGUUAAAUUAUUAAUUACUUUAUUUCAUGUGGAGGUUGAAGGUUCUUUAUCAGAAACCUCCAGAUUCCUCAAGGUUUGGAGUGUUGGCAUUAUCUAUAAUUUCUUGAUAUUUUCAUGUCAUUUUAAGCUAAAAGUAGUGAAGUAAUAUCAUUGAUAUUACUGUAUAAUGUUAUUAAGCAUAUCCAGCAAUGCAUUUUUUUUACACAGUAUUAUCAAUUUAUGUUUCUUCUGAUGUAAAUGUUUUACAAGUAGAGAGAGGGAGAGAGAGUGAAUGUGUGUGUGUGUGUGUGUGUGUGUGUGUGUGUGUGUGUGUGUGUGUGUGUGUGUGUGUGUGUGUGUGUGUG